AUGCUGAUCUUUAUUAUCGCGAUUCCGGAUCACUGGUGCCACGUUCUUCCCGAUCAGACGCACCUUCUAGCCCAGUCGGAAGCGGCACGCUUACUACCGCGCCAAGAUGACGCUCCGGACACAUGCUACCGAUAUAAUCUGGAUUGUACCAGCCUGAUCAAUCGCACCAAUUUAAAUUUGACCGGCCAUUCCGAACUGGGAAAAGUAGCGUGUCAAGCCUGGCAGUACAACCGUACCUACUACUACUACGCGCGUACCUACUACCACGACACCAUUGUGACCGAUUGGGAUUUGGUGUGCAGUCGGGACUUCUUGCCGACACUGGCGUUUCUCGUCAACACAGCUGGCACUGUUCUGUUACAGAAAGUUGGCACACCGCUGGGCGGAUUCCUCGCUGACCGGAUCGGUCGCAAGCGCACCUAUCUCUUUUCCUCUUCCUGCAGAUUCUCUUCUUCUCCGUAUCAGCCGGGAGUCCACGCGUCUUCUACGGUUUCUGGAUUUUUAUUGCUUUGACCUUCAUCCAAUGUC